UUUGGUAAAAAGCAAAAGCAACUAACGAUCGCGAAACUAGAUACUUAAUCGGGGAAAUAUAUUUCUUUAAUUUUAAACUAAUUUUUCUUUAGUUAUUUAUAAAGAGUUUAACAUACGUGAUACAAUAUGUCAAAGCAAGAAAAGUUUAAAACUGGGACUACGGAUGGAUGGUUUGAGGGAUGGUUUAGCCGUCCCAAGAUAAAAAGCAAUAACAAUAAUGCCAGCAUUUCUGUCAAAUCGAACAUGAUAGACAAUGAAGCUAUUGAUCUGCAAGAGCUUGAACUUAAGAUUCGAACAUUCAGUGACUCUGAAAUAGAUUUAAAAUUUUUGGAAAUCCUUGAAGAUAUGAAUAUUCCAAAAGAUAAACGUGAACCUCUUCUAAUGAAAACUCUGGCUGAAAAGCGCAAAAUGAUAUUUAUGCAUCUAAAAGGAAAAAAUUCGAACGAACACCGCUCAAGUUCACGAUUUGAGAAACCGUAUGAUUACAUAGAGUAUAUGCGUAAUAAAGAACACAGCGAAAAUAAAAUAUAUCAGUGCCUUGAAAGUUUACGGGUAGCACUUACAAGCAAUCCUAUUUCAUGGAUAAAGGAGUUCGGAGAAGAUGGGAUAAAUGAAAUAGUUUUAUUGUUAAGACGUUGCUCGAAAGAAAGUGGUUUUGAUAGAAUUGAAUUUGAGUGUAUUCGCUGUUUGAAAGCUGUAAUGAACAAUACAUGGGGCUUGAACUUAGUAUUGACACCUGAGCUGCAUACAGUUGUAUUAUUAUUAGCACAGUCGUUAAACCCCCGAAAACCACAUACAAUGUGUGAAGCUGUCAAGUUACUGGCUUCAUUUUGUAUUGUUCCAGAGCGUGAUGGCUAUGAUAAAGUUCUGAGAGCAAUAACUACCGCCGCAUCAAACAAAUAUAAAACGAGUGAACGUUUUAAGCCCAUCGUUGAUGCAUUAUUUAUUGAAGGAAAAAGUGAUUUAAAGAGAGAUUUAGCUUGUCACAGCCUUAUAUUUAUUAAUACUUUAACAAAUACGCCCAGUGACUUAAACUUUCGUCUGCACUUGCGCUGUGAGAUAAUGCGAAUGGGACUUUAUGAAAAGUUUGAUCUGUUUAAAGACAUUGUUUCAAAAAGUAAUAACGAUGCUUUAAUGCAACAUUUUACAAUAUUUAAUGAAAUACGAGAAUAUGAUUUUGAAGAGUUUAUACAAAGGUUCGAAAAUGUUAGUUUUAACAUGGAUGAUAUGACAGACUGUUUUGAAGUACUUAAAAAUCUUUUAACAGAUACCAGCUCCGAACCUUAUUUUUUGUCAAUACUGCAGCAUUUACUAUAUAUAAGAGAUGAUUUUUAUUUCCGCCCAGCUUAUUAUCAACUAAUUGAAGAAUGUAUACAACAAAUAGUUUUGCACAAGGGAUAUUGCGAUCCGAACUUUGAAAAUCGUACAUUUAAUAUCGAUACAUCAUUAAUUUUAGACGAUAUUGUUGAAAAGGUAAAGGUCAAAGAAAUAAAACGUUCUGAGGAGUAUGAAAAAAAAAUUGAAGAACUAGAAAUUUCAAAACAAGAAGCUGAAGCCAAAGUAGCACAUUUAGAAGAACAAAUGAAAAUUUUAAUUACUACCGAAGCUGCCAAUUCUAACGGUAAUAUAUCCAAGUCAAUCAUUCCACCAUCAGAAUGUGCCACACCAAAGACAUUUGUUGUACCGCCACCACCACCUCCACCUCCGUCAGCAUCAACUACAACAGGAAUCAUUAUAAGGCCACCACCACCUCCGCCAAUGCCGAAUUUAGGGAUAGGCGCACCUCCACCCCCACCACCACCACCAGGCACCUCAGUGCCUUUACCUGGAACUAAAUUUCGAAAUCAACUUUCUUCUUCGAUUAACGAGCUUCCAAUGGGUUUAAAACCAAAAAAAAAAUGGGAGGUCGGAAACCCAAUGAAACGCAUUAAUUGGAAAGUUAUAGUUCCCCAUUCUAUGUCGGAGAAAGCAUUUUGGCUUAGCUGUCGAGAAGACGGUUUAGCGUCAGAUCAAUUUCUUUCCGAACUUGCUGAAAGGUUUUCCUCAAAACCCAUUAAAAAAGAUCACAAAGAUGCGGUUGAUAAGGCAAUAACUGUAGUUAAAAAAAGUAUUGAGUUGCAAGUAUUAGAUUCAAAAGCGGCGCAAAAUUUGGCAAUUUUGCUUGGUGGACCAUUAAAACACUUAUCGAAUGAACAAAUUAAAGUUUGUCUAUUGCGCUGUGAUACGGAUAUUUUAUCAUCAAAUAUAUUGCAGAAUUUGAUCCAGUACUUACCGCCGCCAGAUCAAUUGAAAAAACUGCAAGAUAUAAAGGCCAGGGGAGAUCCAUUGUCACCAAUUGAACUAUUCGCGGCAACCAUUGGUGAAAUAAGGAGACUAUUGCCUCGCCUUCACAAUCUUAAUUUCAAAUUGAUUUAUGCUGAUUUAAUUCAAGACAUUAAAUCCGAUAUUGUUGCUGGAACAGCAGCAUGUGAAGAGAUUCGAAACAGCAAAAAGUUUGCCAAAAUUUUAGAAUUAAUUCUAUUAAUGGGAAAUUAUUUAAAUUCCGGAUCAAAAAGCGAAGCAGCGUUUGGAUUUGAAAUGUCAUAUCUUGCAAAACUCUCCAAUACUAAAGAUAUUGAUAACAAACAUACUCUACUACAUUAUUUGGUAAAAAGUGUAGAAGCUAAUUUUCCUGAUUUGUUAUAUUUUUAUAAUGACAUGACACAUAUAGAUAAAGCCUCUCGAGUAAACCCCGAUUCAAUUCAGAAGGCUAUGCGUCAUAUGACUUCGGCUAUAAAAAGUCUAGAAACAGAUUUACAAAACAAUAAGGUCCCUCAAUCCGAUGAUGAUAAAUUUAACGAAGUCAUGGGCAAAUUUUCAUAUGAGUGCCGUCAACAGAUUGAUGUUUUAGGAAAAAUGCAGGUUCAAAUGGAAAAACUUUACAAAGACUUGGGGGAAUAUUUUGCAUUCGACCAUAAAAAAUAUCCUAUGGAGGAAUUCUUUACGGAUAUAAAGGCAUUUAAGGACGCGUUUAUACAAGCAUAUCAGGAUAAUAUCCACCAACGGGAAGAAGAAAGUAGAAAACGAAGACUCCAGGAUGCUCGAGAACAAUCGUUACGGGAGCAAUUAGAGCGCCAACAGCUUAAAUUAGCACUCGUUGACAUGGAUUCUACACAAACACAAGAAGGAGUUAUGGACAGUUUGUUAGAGGCUUUACAAACGGGAACAGCUUUUGGAAACCGGAUUCAAAGGCAAAGGCGGCAAAGACCUUCAGGUGCAGAACGACGUGCUCAACUAAGUAGAAGUCGGUCUAGAACACGUAUUAUUACAGGGUCCUUUGCGUCUUGUGAAGCACUCGCAAACGAUAACUUGAUGCAGAAAAAGCAUUAAUUGAAAAAUAAUUUGUAUGAUGUAUAACAAAUACUCUGAAAAGUCCCGAUUCUAACGAAGAAAACACAUUUGUUCAAAAUUAGCUUUAUUCACCAACGUAAUUUGAUUCAAGAACAACGCAAUCAUUCCAGCGCCGCUCUAACAUUUCGAUACAACUUUUAUUUAUUUAUUUAUUUAUGUUUUGCCUCAAAAUAGACCGCAGUUUCAGCGAUAACCCCUUCAUUCGAGCGAAAUUUCUUACCGGCAAACAUUUUUUUUAGGUCUGCGAAUAGCCAGUAAUCGUUGACUUGUGACACACUGUGUGUUUUGAAAGUGACACCCACUUUGAACAGAGCUUUCUCAUAGUCAAAUGCUCAUGCAAUAUAAAGCCAACAAGUUCUAUUGAUAUCUUUACGAUAUCAGCAAACUAACGCUUUUUCACGUUUCAAUCAUCCAAAACGAUCAUUCAUUUGGACGUCCACAGCGUUGAUCAUAAUCGGUAACUCUACGAUUACGUUUGAAGUCAACAAACCAUCUUUUUAUUGUUGUUUUUAAUGGAGCGGAGCUCGCAUAGAACUUAUCAAGCCAUUGCUUCGCUCGAACGGUAUUUUUUCCCAACAAGAAGCAGUGUAAAAUUAAAACACAACUUUUUGAUCUACUGUUUUGAAAAUAACAAAAGUACCGCCACUCUUAGCAGAAUAACUCGCGAACUUUAAAGACAGUACUAACUGAAAAAGAGGUCAAUGCAAUAAAACUGUUGGAAUCGGGACUUUUCAGCCCAUGUGCUACAUAAAAUAAUAAUAAUAAAAUUAAAAACUGUAUUAAUAAUACCUAGUAAUAGUAAUAAUGAACUCAAUAUAAAUAGCCGUAGAGAUGAAACCUGACUUAUGAAAUUUUUGAACUCAAGAGUUAUCUUUAGAAGUUUGCCUUAUUUUUGUACAGUUUUCUCUAGAACUUACAUACAGAUGUCAUAUAAAUUAUUGAGUCUAAUGAAAUGAAAAUUAAAUACUGCAAAAUAUUAUUUUUAUAAGACAUU